AUGCAAAGUCCUAACACUGGCGAUGGUGGGGACGUUGAGCCGUUGCAGCAACAAUGGUCCUUUCAAGACGUUUCCUUUCAUCACCUUGCAGAAGAGCCACUUACGACAGGAUCCAAAAGAAGAAAAGAAGUCGAACUUCAACUGUUGGAGCAUUUGAAGGAAUCUAACGAAGCCAUUGAUCCGUUGAUUGAAUUGUGGAGUUCGGAGCGCCAAGAUGCAGCUGCUAUUUUUGAAAGUAUGGAAGAGGUUUGCAGUCCUGGGUUGAAGGAGGAGGAAAUGACCUUGCGGCAAAUGAUUGACGAAUCCGACAUGGAAUGGGCCGAGCCAAUGGUCCGGUUGUCCUUGCUUUUCUUUGUCAAAGGACAAUAUGAAGACUCUUUGAAUUGGUGUCAGAAGGCUUUGGGUGUUAAACCGUGGCAUUUUGAAGGAGGGCGAUUGCUAGUUGUCUUGCACUUGAGGAUGGGACAGUUCGGACAAGCGCUUCAGGUUGCCCGACGACACUUGCUGCCAGCAUUGAACGAUCGAACUAGCAACAAGCGACGAACUGAUUGGGUAAACGAAGUCAUGAAGAAGGCUCUGCAAAUUCUAAAGGAAGCGGAAACGGCGGCUUCUUCCAAGCGACAGGAUAAAUAUUUAGAUGUGGACGAGUGCCCAAUCAUCGAAGGAAGAACUCUAUGCUGGGAAUAA